CUGUCGGAAAACACAGGGAUACAAACAAGACUACAGCUCGUAACAACUGAGCUAAAUCCGGGAGAAAGGCGGUGAAACGACGCCGGUGCACGCUGCUUCGGUCCCCGGCUCCCCCGCUGAGAUGGAUGUCCGACAUGGGCUGUAGACUUCUGCGGCGGGACUGAAGAGGAUGGGCCCAGUGUCCCGGUGCCUGAGGAGAUGUCUCUGGGUCGGCUCCUGCGGCGUGCCUCCUCCAAGGCCUCCGACCUCCUGACCUUUAACCCUGGGGCGGGGGGCACAUCGUUGCGCUCGGGCCUGGACGGCGAGAUCAUCUUCUCCAAAAAUAAUGUUUGCGUGCACCCUGCAGAGCCCCUGCCGGGCUUGGCAGAGCACCACCCAGGUUACCUGUGCGUGCACACGGAGAAAGAUGAAAGCCUGGGCACCACUCUGAUUCUGACCUGGGUGCCCAACUCCCGCAUCCAGAGGCAGGAUGAGGAGGCACUGCGCUACAUCACGCCUGAGAGCUCCCCUGUACGCAGGAACGCACGCCGCCGAGGCCGACGACCCCACUCCCGUCACCCAGCUGCCGCGGAGGAGGAAGAGGAUGAGGAGAGAAACAUUACCAGCAGCACCUCCACAGAGAGCCACAACCUGGUGGUAGAGGCAGGAGCCGAUCCCUCCUCGCACCCGCAGCAGCUGCCCUUGGCGGGGGAGGAGGGUGACGAGGGUUCCUGCGAGCUGUCAGACGAAGUGAGUCGAGACAGCACCAUGGGCUCGGACUCGGACACUUUCUCCUCGCCUUUCUGCUUGUCCCCUGUCAGCGAGGCCCUCUGCGAGAGCAGCGGCUCCGUCUUCCUGGACAGCGAAAGCAGGGAGCUGUGCGAGGAGUCUAUGACCCACUCCGCAAGCUCGGCUUCGAGUUUGGACAGCCACGCACCCUCUGAGAGCAGCGGCCAGUCACAGGGCGCGCGGUGGGAGGAGCAGCAAAAGGUGCUGGCUCUGGAGCAGUUGUGUGGCGUUUUCAGGGUGGACUUGGGUCACAUGAGGUCGCUGAGACUCUUCUUCAGCGAUGAGGCGUGUACCAGUGGCCAGCUGGUGAUAGCCAGCAGAGAGAGCCAAUAUAAAAUUCUCCACUUCCAUCAUGCUGGCCUGGACAAGCUGGCUGAGGUCUUCCAACAGUGGAAGUGCUGCAGGGAAACUCAGCUUAAAGACCAGGUGUCAGUUGAGAAAUCCUGCAUGCAGUUUUCCAUCCAGAGGCCCACCCUGCCGUCAGCUGAGACCCACCCAGAGGAGAAGCUUUAUCGGCGGCUGGACGUCACCACCUGGCUGCGUCACCUCAACCACAGUGGGCAGGUUGAGGAAGAGUAUAAGCUACGCAAGGCCAUCUUCUUCGGUGGCAUUGAUCCAUCCAUCCGUGGCGAGGUGUGGCCCUUCCUGUUGCACUACUACAGCUAUGACUCCACCUCUCAGGAGCGGGAGGCCUGGAGGCUGCAAAAACGUACUGACUAUCAUGACAUCCAGCAGAGGAGAUUGUCCAUGAGCCCGGAAGAGCACAGCGAGUUUUGGAGAAAGGUCCAGUUCACAGUGGAUAAAGACGUGGUGAGAACAGACCGCAGCAACCACUUCUUCAGAGGAGAGAACAACCCCAAUGUGGAGAUCAUGAGGCGGAUUCUGCUCAACUAUGCAGUGUUUAAUCCUGACAUGGGCUACUGCCAGGGCAUGUCUGACCUGGUGGCCCCACUGCUCACUGAGAUCCAGGAUGAAAGCGACACCUUCUGGUGCUUCGUCGGCCUCAUGGAGAACACCAUCUUCAUCAGCUCACCACGUGAUGAAGACAUGGAGAGGCAGCUGAUGUACCUGCGGGAGCUGCUGCGUCUCAUGCUGCCCCGCUUCCACCAGCACCUGACCAGGCUGGGGGAGGACGGCCUGCAGCUGCUCUUCUGCCACCGCUGGAUCCUGCUCUGCUUCAAACGAGAGUUCCCCGACACCGAGGCUCUGCGCAUGUGGGAGGCCUGCUGGGCACACUACCAGACGGACUACUUCCACCUGUUCCUGUGUGUGGCCAUCAUUGUUCUCUACGGGGAGGAUGUGACGGAACAGCAGCUCGCCACUGACCAAAUGUUGCUCCACUUCAGCAACCUCUCCAUGCACAUGAAUGGAGAACUUGUGCUACGCAAGGCCCGCAGCCUACUCUACCAGUUCCGCCUCCUCCCCAGAAUCCCAUGCAGCCUACAUGACCUCUGUAAACUGUGUGGUCCGGGGAUGUGGGACAGCCGCUACAUCCCCACUGUGGAGUGUUCUGGUGAACAUCCAGACUCGCAGAGCUGCCCCUAUGGAGGCACCUCCACCCCCCAGCCCUGCUCUCCCUCCCCGUCAUCCACGCCCUCGCCCUCACCAAACCCCACCCCCACGCCUCCGUUAGAAGGGAAGAAAGGCUCCAAAACCCGGGAUAUUUUCACCUUCCGGAAACAGUCAUGAGGUGGAGGCGAUGGGGAGCUUUGCUGGUCUUGGCUCAUGUUAGUACAGCGAAGGUUUGGAUCCAUCUGCUGGAUUCCUGACCUAUUUGUUUUUUUUUUCCACAGUCCCUGCUUCUAGUUUCACUAUUACUGAAGAUUUUUGUCACUUGAUCCUUUCAUGUGGUGCAGCGUGGAACACUGCCUUACCAGAAUGUUAUUUGCAACGUUCAGCAUCACAUGAAUCUGCAAUUAAGAGGGUUUUGAUGCCAGAUAAGCCGUAAGACAAGGGGCUGCUUUCCUCUUGUAGCAAAAUGGACAAUCACCAGGCAUUAUGUAGGUCCGGGGCUACUUCAGGUUCGAGUCUGCUGCUGGCUUGGCAUACUUCCAUGGGCUUUAUGGGCAGGGGUCACAUCAGGGUCUGAGGCACCAGCCAGAAUUCGUGCAGAAUCUGACCACGGGUCAAAUGAAACUGGAGAUUCAUUCACAAGACUUGAACUUGAAAAAAAAAAAAUGUUCCUGUGUUCUCACAACGGAAUAUUUGUGUGAAUAUCAAAUUAUAUGUGCAUAUCUCAAGUCUGAGCAGGACAUUUUUAACAUGAAAUCCAAACCCUGUGCUAACAAAGAAGGGAUAACCUACAAAUGGGAUUAUAACAAACUGACGGUACUUUUAAUUUUAGUUUCAUUUCAUUUUCAAACAAGUGAAUGUUUGCGUUUAUAUCAGCAAAGUUACAAAUAUUUAGCAAUAUUAUAUCCUUGCAUGAGCGAUUCUUGACAUUAUAGAGGGCACAACAUGUUUGUUGAAGAACACUCAAGCCCAAAACAGAGGUAAGAAUGUGUUUACAUGACAAACACAUCAUGAUAGGGCUGCACAUAUUUCCUCAUCAGAUUGUUGUAAGGAACAUUCUCAUAAUUUCUCUCUGUUAAAAUGUUGUUUCCCGACAGGCAGGAGGAAGCUAGGCGCAUGUUUCCUUCUGAUAAAGUCCGGCGCAGAUGUUCAUUUUACCUGUCGAUCAAGAGGAGCUUAACCAUUUACACAUUACCAUUAUAAUAUAUAGUAUGAGUUUCCUGUCUGAGGUAGUGGAUGGAUAUGACAGCGCUGUCUGCCAAAGAAAGCAUAGAUCAUGGUUUUACCCUGACAGAGAAAUUGAAGGCCUUGUGUUUUACUUGAAAUUUUUGUCUUCUGUGUCGAACCAUGUUUAGACAGGGUUGUGAAAAAUCGUCAGCAUGGUGUUUUUGUUUUUUUUUCCUCCUCACUUUCACCUUUUAAAAUGAAUGACAAACGCACUAUCAACACUAAGAAUCAGUCCACAUGAAUGUAUCUGGGUUUUGUUUUUUUUAUUCUUCUCACUCAACAGUGUGAAACUCUUCGGUGUGCGUGGGUGUGUGUAUAAACUGGAGUGACCUCGAAACAUCUGGUAAUGAGUUGGACUACAGCCGUAGAAGCCCCCUCCCACUACCAGUCUCUUUAAUUAUAGCAGUCAUCACAGGGGAGAACCUGGGAGAAGAAAAAAGAAAGAAAAGCUGGUUGUUCUGGGACUCGUCAGGAAAAAAAAAGACAAGAGAGAUUGAGAGAAAAGGGACGAUUUAGGCUUCGUACAGGGAUAUAUCGUGAUCUCUUGCCUCUGUGAUUUGCAAGUCCCAGAUGUAAAGAUUGUCUCCACUCGGAGGCUUUUCCCUGAGAGCUUUUGAGUGACACUCCUGGGGGGUGAAAACAUCUUCAAAUUGCUGCUAAAAUGUAACAUUAAGACCUUCAAUCAGCCCCCUCCUCUCUGUCUCUCUCUGUCUCUCUCUCUCGCUCUCUUUCUCUUGUGGUCUCUUGCUCUCUCACUCCCUCAGCAAGCAGUCUCUGCAAAUGACAUUCAUUCAUCUGCAAUGCUCUUUUUCCAUAUUAGAUAUCAUGUGCAGCUGCGUGCUGGAAAUGCCCGCAGAGUUUUGAAGAUGGGACGGCUGCGUUGAAAUGAGCAAAAUCUAGAGAUGCACGAUGGGGAAAAAAUAAUCAAACGAUGUGUGUGCGUGUGCGUGUGUGUGUGUGCGUGUGUGCGUGUGUGUGCGUGCCCUUUAUGAACUCAUGAAUUUUAUUAAAAUCCUCAUUGAAAUCACAUUGUCUGCACAGGCACUGUAAGUCACAAGCCUAAUUAAUGACUACUCCUAUUUAAAGGGGUUUUUGAUCAGUCGUCACUGAAUGUACAAUGUUGCUGUUAAGCUCCAUGAUAUGCUGAUGUAUUACUGUACACACUCAGAAAAAGAGCCUAUUCUUGGUAUUAAUAAAAACACAGUCGUACUUAAAAGAAACAUCUGUAGAAAAUGGUUUACUGAACAAUAAAAUGUACCAAGCAUACAAUUUAUAAAUGCCUUUCUGACAAUAAAUGACUUGUGAUUGUAAUCUGAUACCAAGUAAAAACAAUGCUGGGAUUUACAAAACCUCCACCGAUACUUUUCAUCAUUAAACACAAGUAAUAGCAUAA